GGAUGCUAGUUUUACCGCCAUUUUCCAUAUUUGGCCCCGCCCCUCUGACUCCGGUGGAUGGGUUGGCUGGGUCAGUGGUGAGCCACACACUCCGUUUAUACAGAAUUAAGUCCCCUAUCCAACAGGUGCUAUAGGGGUGUACGCACUAAAUUUUAUACAAAACUGUGUCCCUUGCUCACAGAAGCUUUAGAACCUAUGUUGGAUAAAGCCCCAUUCAAACAGAUGGAACAAUAGUUUUCAAAGAGUUCCCUUUAUUGGGCAUCUCCCCGUAUGUCCCCCAGUGGGCCCCAAUUUCCACACAUUAAAUACUAAUACUAAAUAUAGAAUUGGGAAUACCCGGGAAAUAUACUAUAUAUAUAUGUUAGUAAGCAUUACACUAGCAGGACAAGGGAGUGGACAAUUGUAAAAUAAUGACCAUGGGUGUACCGGUGUUCAUAGGAAUUAUAGCAUCAUUAUCGUUCAUUAUUUCACAGACCACAGAGCUGCGCCCUUACAUCACAAAAGGGAACCUGUCAUGUUUUGAAUGUCCACCAGGGUUUUACCUCUCUGGAGAUUGCACCAGUAAUAACACCAUCGCAGUUUGUAGGGUGUGUCCAUAUGGUUACUACUCCAGUGUCCCCGGUGUCCAUACCAGUUGUGCAAUAUGCUCACCGUUCUGUGAGUCAGCUAAUCUUAUUGUGGUGUCUAGCUGCUCGUCAACAAACAAUUUGACAUGUGACUGUCCGUCAGGAAAGGUACUGAAGGAUCCACACGACAAACACCAUGCUAUAUGUGAGGAUCCACCAACACAUAAACCUCCGAAAACCACACAGAAUUGUUCAGCUGAUACUGCAGAAAAGCAUAAUGUAUCCAUAUACAACCAAACACAAGCUGAUCCUGGCUCAGGAACAGUUGAAGAUGUCGACUUCAGUAAUUUAACUAACUCCACUUGUCCUGCACAGGACAAAUGUGUGGAUAGCAACAAUAGUAUAUCUCUCUCGGAUCGGGUCAUCAUCGUUUCUUUAAUAGUAUUCAACAUAUUUAUACUGUGUAUGUUUGUGAUAUGUAAUACACAAUGCUGUGACAAGUUGAAAGGUAGAUGUAGAUGCAAAGGAACAAACACCGACAGUGUUCCUGAUCAGGCAAAAGAAAAAUUGGUGAAAGUAGAAUGGAAUCAAGGCGAAGAAGAAAAAGAAGAAAGCCGUGUGGAAAUAGGCAAUGGUACAAAUGAUGAACAAGUUCCAACAAAUAGUUCUGAAUUGACGACAUUAGAUAACACUGACGCAUCUCAUGGUGAGGCUGUUCCGCGUACCCCUACCUCAACAACACCUCAUUUGACUAUUCUUCCAAGCGCAACCGGUAAUGGAAACAGUCCGUCUGUAAAUGACAAUGAAAGGGGAUAGGUACUGUCGACAAGGAAACGGUUCGUCCUUAACAACUGGAACAUGUAAAUUCUCCACAAGCGAAUGCAAUGUUAAGGGAGGAAGGUAUACCCUUCUUAACGACUUUGAAUGUGAAGGGAGACAUUGCUGUUAUUGUCAGACUUGGAAUUUGUUGUGUUCUAAUGAUUCUCGUUCGAAUGAUGAUCGAUAUGCACUUGCACAUCGACGAAUUGGGAUCUGGACGCAAUGUGGACAUGGAGGAAAAAGUUGGCAAUCUACUCAUAUACUAUCGGGUAGUAUGUAAUAAAGUGUUUCCAUUUAAACAACAACAACACAAAAACAAACAAACGAACAAAAAAUAUGCAUGAUUGUGAAGUGGUUUCUUCAUGCAUUUUAUAAUCGCAAUAAGGUAUUUAUUAAUGUUUAAAUAAUUACUAGUAACCGAAAGUAAGGAAAUAAUUAAUGUAAAGUCAAGUAGAAAGUUAAUAUAUGGUCAUUUUAUUUAGUGAGGACUCUGUUGCGGUACUGUAUUACAAAGGAAUAAAAAAAACAUGUGAAAUCUCUUGUGUUUGUCUUACUGUAGGCAUCGUAUGGUCCAGGACUCUGCUUGAUCUAUGAACCUUUUUAUAGUUUAGAAGAAUUUUAGUAGAGUUGAAAGCCGAAUACGAAAAUAUGAUUAUAUACAAAUGUACAAAAUGUAUUAAGGUAGCAGUCUACAGUAGAAAUGGCCCGACUCUG